UUCCCUUUUCGGCUCUCCCACACGGCCUAGACCAACCGGAUAUAGGGACGGGGCUUCCGCUUCCCCCUUCUCCCUCCUCCCGCUUGCCCUCCGAUCGCAGUCGCCAGUACAGCGGCGGCCGCCGGGCGUGGUGUCGGUGGGUCAGUUGGUUUGUCUCAACGUUGGUGUCGGUACCGUUGAAUUGCCCGCCAUGGCUGACCUAGAUCCGUUCGGCGCCCCCGCCGGCGCCCCUGGUGGCCCCGCACUGGGGAACGGGGUGGCCGGUGCCAGCGAAGAAGACCCGGCCGCGGCCUUCUUGGCGCAGCAGGAGAGCGAGAUUGCGGGCAUCGAGAACGACGAGGCCUUCGCCAUCCUGGACGGCGGCGCCCCCGGGCCCCAGCCGCACGGCGAGCCGCCUGGGGGUCCCGAUGCUGUUGAUGGAGUGAUGAAUGGUGAAUACUACCAGGAAAGUAACGGUCCAACAGACAGUUACGCAGCUAUUUCACAAGUGGAUCGAUUGCAGUCAGAGCCUGAAAGUAUCCGUAAAUGGAGAGAAGAGCAAACGGAACGCUUGGAAGCCCUUGAUGCCAACUCUCGGAAGCAAGAAGCAGAGUGGAAAGAAAAAGCAAUAAAGGAGCUAGAGGAGUGGUAUGCGAGACAGGACGAGCAGCUACAGAAAACAAAAGCAAACAACAGGGCAGCAGAAGAAGCCUUUGUAAACGACAUUGAUGAGUCGUCCCCAGGCACUGAGUGGGAACGAGUGGCCCGGCUGUGUGACUUUAACCCCAAGUCCAGCAAGCAGGCCAAAGAUGUCUCCCGCAUGCGCUCAGUCCUCAUUUCCCUCAAGCAGGCCCCCCUGGUGCACUGAAGAGCCACCCUGUGGAAACACUACGUCUGCGAUAUCUUAAUCCUACUCAGUGAAGCUGUUCGGAGUAAUUGGAUUAAUUAUGUUGAGUUCUUUUGGACCAAACCUUUUGUCUUUAGAGUUGAUCAUUGUUUGUGAUUGCAUGUUUCCUUCAAGUGUGUUCUCCCUGGCUCAGAGAGGAGGGGGAGGAGGAAGGGAAGGGGAGGGAAGCCUCCCAGCAGUAGCCUCAACCUGUGCUUUUGUGCAUUAUUCUGAGAAUAAAUUUCUGUUUCAAAC